AAUCAUUUAGAAGUGAUCUGCGUUGUGGAGCAGGGUAUGUAGCCCCGAACGGAGCAGAUCCAGCUGAGUGCGACCCAAACGGAAAAUUUCCAUGUUGUUCUCCCAAUAAUUGGUGUGGUAACACUGAUGACCACUGUAAAUGUAGCGAAUGUGUGAAUUAUGGAAAAAAGCCAUUUAGAAGUGAUCUGCGUUGUGGAGCAGGGUAUGUAGCCCCGAACGGAGAAGAUCCAGCUGAGUGCGACCCAAACGGAAAAUUUCCAUGUUGUUCUCCCAAUAAUUGGUGUGGUAACACUGAUGACCACUGUAAAUGUAGCGAAUGUGUAAAUUAUGGAAAAAAGCCAUUUAGAAGUGAUCUGCGUUGUGGAGCAGGGUAUGUAGCCCCGAACGGAGAAGAUCCAGCUGAGUGCGACCCAAACGGAAAAUUUCCAUGUUGUUCUCCCAAUAAUUGGUGUGGUAACACUGAUGACCACUGUAAAUGUAGCGAAUGUGUAAAUUAUGGAAAAAAGCCAUUUAGAAGUGAUCUGCGUUGUGGAGCAGGGUAUGUAGCCCCGAACGGAGAAGAUCCAGCUGAGUGCGACCCAAACGGAAAAUUUCCAUGUUGUUCUCCCAAUAAUUGGUGUGGUAACACUGAUGACCACUGUAAAUGUAGCGAAUGUGUAAAUUAUGGAAAAAAGCCAUUUAGAAGUGAUCUGCGUUGUGGAGCAGGGUAUGUAGCCCCGAACGGAGAAGAUCCAGCUGAGUGCGACCCAAACGGAAAAUUUCCAUGUUGUUCUCCCAAUAAUUGGUGUGGUAACACUGAUGACCACUGUAAAUGUAGCGAAUGUGUAAAUUAUGGAAAAAAGCCAUUUAGAAGUGAUCUGCGUUGUGGAGCAGGGUAUGUAGCCCCGAACGGAGAAGAUCCAGCUGAGUGCGACCCAAACGGAAAAUUUCCAUGUUGUUCUCCCAAUAAUUGGUGUGGUAACACUGAUGACCACUGUAAAUGUAGCGAAUGUGUAAAUUAUGGAAAAAAGCCAUUUAGAAGUGAUCUGCGUUGUGGAGCAGGGUAUGUAGCCCCGAACGGAGAAGAUCCAGCUGAGUGCGACCCAAACGGAAAAUUUCCAUGUUGUUCUCCCAAUAAUUGGUGUGGUAACACUGAUGACCACUGUAAAUGUAGCGAAUGUGUAAAUUAUGGAAAAAAGCCAUUUAGAAGUGAUCUGCGUUGUGGAGCAGGGUAUGUAGCCCCGAACGGAGAAGAUCCAGCUGAGUGCGACCCAAACGGAAAAUUUCCAUGUUGUUCUCCCAAUAAUUGGUGUGGUAACACUGAUGACCACUGUAAAUGUAGCGAAUGUGUAAAUUAUGGAAAAAAGCCAUUUAGAAGUGAUCUGCGUUGUGGAGCAGGGUAUGUAGCCCCGAACGGAGAAGAUCCAGCUGAGUGCGACCCAAACGGAAAAUUUCCAUGUUGUUCUCCCAAUAAUUGGUGUGGUAACACUGAUGACCACUGUAAAUGUAGCGAAUGUGUAAAUUAUGGAAAAAAGCCAUUUAGAAGUGAUCUGCGUUGUGGAGCAGGGUAUGUAGCCCCGAACGGAGAAGAUCCAGCUGAGUGCGACCCAAACGGAAAAUUUCCAUGUUGUUCUCCCAAUAAUUGGUGUGGUAACACUGAUGACCACUGUAAAUGUAGCGAAUGUGUAAAUUAUGGAAAAAAGCCAUUUAGAAGUGAUCUGCGUUGUGGAGCAGGGUAUGUAGCCCCGAACGGAGAAGAUCCAGCUGAGUGCGACCCAAACGGAAAAUUUCCAUGUUGUUCUCCCAAUAAUUGGUGUGGUAACACUGAUGACCACUGUAAAUGUAGCGAAUGUGUAAAUUAUGGAAAAA